AUGACCGCUAACAUCGGGCUCGGACUUCUGGGCGCCGGCGCUGCAGCGAGCUGGAAAGGCAUGGGUUGGGUCUCCCUCGAUGAGAAAGACGCGCCCAAAGAGACCCUGACCAUGGAUGUGGUUAGCGAGCUUGCUGCCAGGGCCCAAGAGCUCAAUCGGUCUUUCGUCAGUCUCGAGCAGGUUGUACAAGCCGCGGGGGACGACUGCGUGGAUGUCAUUCGAGAACAGACGCGACUCUUCGUCGCCCGCAUGUCCUCUUGGCUCCAAUUUGCGGCCGACAUUCACGUCGCACGACAUGUGGACAUCGACGACUGUGGAACGGGCGAGAUCGCUGAUCCGGACACUGGAACACGCGCUGCAAUCCCUGUACGACGACUCGGCAUCGAUCCUCGUCACAACGUUGGGUUUGAGACAGCUGGAUCCCGGCGUAUCGCCGCAGACUCUGGACGCAAAUUUGAGCUUCUGCUGGCACUCGGCACUGCGGCCAAGGCGAACAUGGAAGCCGCCAACCGGACAUUCGAGGGUCUGCUCUCGAUCGGGCACGAGCAAGCCGACAUUGCUCAAGGAGACUACAACGGCUCGAUUGAUUGGCGCAUGUCGCGGCUGAGUGUUAUUGAUACGCAGCUGGGAGGUGCUAUGCGUCCCUUGUCAGCCUUCGAUCCUGAAGUGCAUGGCGAUCUGGUCGAUCUAGCAGCAGCACUCGCGCGCCCUCCUGUCAAGAACCAUGUGACGAACCCCUCCUAUGAUUCUCUGCGGCCUCAGUCGAACGCGACUUCGACGCUCAACGGCAGCCGGGACUAUGACCAGUCGAUGGAUUCGACCAUCGGGCCGGAUGACGACGAUUUACUGGACGGAAGCCCCAACUACGACGACGAAUUCGAAGCCAAAGCCAAAUCUCCGCCGCGGUCAGGGAAGAACAAGCUCACACAAAUGCUUGGUCCCGACUUCCUCCGGGCAGGACCACCGCAACCGCCAACGCCUGAACCUGAAGAGCGCCCUCCUCGUCCAUGGUAUCUGCAGGCGUCAUAUAGCCCAACAGACAUCAGCAUCGAUCAAGAUGGUGCUGUCCGUGCGGGCACCAUAUCUGCUCUCGUUGAGCGUUUGACAGCCCACGAGCAAGCCGAUCCGACGUUUAUCAAAUCGUUCUUGAUGACCUUCAAAUCAUUCACUACUGUCGACGAGCUCUUUGACCUCCUCGUGCAGCGCUUCCGCAUCCAGCCUCCUGCAAAUCUGACGCCGGGUGAGCGCGAAGAAUGGGGGAAAUUGAAACAGCAUGUGAUCCAAAUCCGAGUUCUGAACAUUUUCAAGUCGAUGGUCAUAGACGAUGACGUUCUGGACAAGGAUGAUCUGUUCAUUUUGGACAGGAUGAAGGAUUUCCUGUCUUCGGAUGAGCUCGCCAAGUUCCCUGCGGCUAAACAGCUGUUGAACAACAUCGAACGACAGAAGGGUGGCGACAGCAAGAUGCGGAUGGUUACAGCACCCCAGGGCACCCCGCCACCGCCACUGGUGCCCAAGACAAGCAAGAAACUGAAGCUACUCGAUAUCGAGCCUCUGGAGCUUGCCCGGCAGCUGACUAUCAUGGAAAGCCAGCUGUACCAGCGGAUCCGACCCAUGGAAUGUCUGCAGCGUGCCCGAGAACAGCGGACCGAGGACAACAUGGACAACAUCACCACCGUCAUCCAAACAAGCAACAAGAUCGCUCUCUGGGUAGCCGAAUCGGUUCUCAGCAAGGAAGAUUCUCGUCGCAGAGCAAAUGCAGUGAAACAUUUGAUCAGUGUUGCCGACCGAUGCCGAGCUCUGAACAACUUUUCGACGAUGGCUGCCAUUACCGCCGGGCUGAAUGCGCCUCCGAUCCGACGGCUCAAAAGAACGUGGGAACAAGUGAACCAACGAUACAUGUCCCAAUUCGGGGCUUGUGAGAUGACAAUAGACAGCGGAAAAAACUUCACCAAGUACCGGUCUGUGAUGACCCACGUCAUUCCGCCCUGCGUGCCAUUCAUCGGUGUCUUCUUGACCACGCUGCAGUUCAUACAGGACGGAAACCCGGACAACGUCCCGGGGCCAGCCGGACCGGAAAACGCGCCGCCGACGACACUGGUCAACUUCCGCAAGCGACAAAAGGCGUCGGAGGUGAUCAACGACAUCAAGCGGUGGCAGGUGCCGUUCAAUUUCCACGUGAUCCCGUCGAUCCAGGCGUACAUCGAGGAGUCGCUCAAUGCGGUCAGCGAUACGAAGGAGUCGAGUGAGCGGUUCUGGGCGAUUAGUCUGGAGCGCGAACCACGUGAGCGGGAAGACGAGAAAAUGGCUCGGCUGUUGCAAGAGAGCGGGUUCUUGUAGCCUCCCACAUGCUGAUCUGUGUAUUAAUCGUAAUUAUUAUUGCUACUGUACUACCAUUCACCGGAUUUUUU